AUGGCGGAAAUGCCCAUUGUGCUCGACGGAGGAACCGGUUUCCUAAAGGUCGGAUAUGCAGCCCAGAACUUCCCAGAGCACCAGUUCCCCUCGAUAGUGGGGCGGCCCAUCCUGCGGACGGAGGAGCAGGCUGGUGAUAUCGUGGUGAAGGAUAUCAUGUGCGGAGAUGAAGCUGCCGCUGCGCGAUCGAUGCUUCAAAUUAGCUAUCCGAUGGAGAAUGGUAUCGUGAAAAAGUGGGAUGAUAUGCAACAUCUCUGGAACUACACCUUUUACGAGAAGAUGAACAUCGACCCAACAGGCCGCAAGAUCCUCCUCACCGAGCCCCCAAUGAACCCGCUCAAGAACCGCGAGAAGAUGGCCGAGGUUAUGUUGGAGGGAUACAACUUCGGAGGUGUCUAUGUCGCGAUCCAGGCGGUGCUGGCACUUUACGCCCAGGGUCUCAGCAGCGGUGUUGUUGUCGACUCCGGUGAUGGUGUCACCCACAUUAUUCCCGUGUACGAGUCCACCGUCUUGAACCACCACAUCAAGCGUUUGGAUGUUGCUGGUCGCGACGUCACUCGCAACCUGAUCGCCCUUCUAUUGCGUCGCGGCUAUGCGCUGAACCGGACUGCCGAUUUCGAGACCGUGCGCCAAAUUAAGGAGAAGCUCUGCUACGUCUCGUACGAUCUCGAGCUGGACAAAAAGCUUUCGGAAGAUACCACCGUUCUCGUUGAAUCCUAUACCCUCCCCGAUGGCCGUGUUAUUCGUGUUGGUAGUGAGCGUUUCGAGGCUGCCGAAUGUCUCUUCCAGCCUCAUCUUGUCGAUGUGGAUCAGCCCGGUAUGGCUGAACUGCUUUUCAACACAAUUCAAGGCACCGAUGUCGACGUUCGGUCCAGUCUUUACAAAGCCGUUGUCCUCAGCGGUGGUAGCAGCAUGUACCCCGGCCUGCCUUCACGGUUGGAGAAGGAGCUGAAACAGCUCUGGCUGACCCGAGUUCUGGGCGGGAACCCAGAGCGUCUGAAUAAAUUCAAGGUUCGCAUUGAGGACCCUCCUCGACGGAGACACAUGGUCUUCCUCGGUGGUGCCGUACUUGCCAACCUCAUCGCCGACAAGGACGACAUGUGGGUAUCCAAGCAGGAAUGGGAGGAACAGGGAGCUCGUGCCCUCGCAAAACUGGGUCCUCGGUAA